ACAACGAAAAUAAGAAAAAGUUAAAGAAAAGUGGUGAGACGCGUGAAUGUUUGCGCCCCGUGUAAAAUAUCAAAUUACCGCUCUAAUUGCGUAGUUUCAUGUUCAAUUUUUUGUCAAAAGUGAAGUUUUGUGCAUAAAUCUUGUAUUGCACCCAGAAAAGUCGGGAGAAGUGUUGGAUUUUCGGUACAAUUCGCCACCGAAAUCUUGCGUGAGAUUUGAAAAAUCAAUAUGGCGCCUUUGCCGGAAGAUGAAACAGUGACACUGCAGCUAGAUUACUGGGAGGAUGAGUUGAGCCCGGCUCAGAAGGCGGCCUACGAGCGAGCCGAGAAAGAGCAUAAUGAUGUCCGCAAGAAGCUUCAGGAUAUCGUUAAGGAAGCAGGAGGAAAAAAUAUUUUCUCCGGUGAAGUUUUCACGGCGUACCAGGUGCUUGGGCCCGUACCAGGACUUGAACAAAUUUCAAAACCCAUCACAGCGUUGGCCAAGAAAAAGCCACCUCCCUCACCGGCGCCAUCGACCUCUAAAAGAAGCGCCUCACCAGCGACUCUGGAAAGCGACAAAAGAAAAAGCCGCCGGUCGAACUACCGUGUGGAUGAUGACGAACCCGCCGCUGAUUUUGCUCCGGAUGACGAUGACGAAGAGUACAUUCCGCUGUCGAAACGGCUAGAGAUGCGAAAGAAAGAAAAAGCUAGGGAAGCCGCUGCCAAGGAAGCCGCAAAGCGUAAAGAUGACAAGAAAGUUGUGGACAAGAAAGUGGACAGCAAAACCCCCAAGAAACCAGAAAAACCUCAAAGCAUUACGGCUAGCAACGUCCGCCCGACUGAGGCCUCUUCGAUCGGUGGGCUGUUGGUUGGCGGCGAUAAGGAAAAGAAGAAAAUCACCGCCGAGCCAUCGGCAAUCGUUGAUUUGACCAAGGAUGAUCAGGGCAAACAAACGGCUGAUACCAAGGAAAUCUCGUUCAGUAAAAUUCAAGGCAAAACAUUCCCAUCUUUGGUGGUCAUUGCUAGACCAUCACUGCGCUCGUCCGAAAAAGCACCAGCUGAUCGGCCACAACUGGACGCCAAGGUUAAGAAUGUUCUUAUGCAUACAGCCACCAAGUUCACCGAGUGGCUAAUUCAGCAGGGAUUGGUCAAAUCCGAACAGUAUUGCCAGAUUCAUCGUGGCACUGCACUUAAGUUGGGCAUGUAUUCAGAUGCAUCCAAGUUUCCAUAUUCAGGAGGAUAUGUUUGGAUCAGCGAAUGUUGUCCCACACGAUUUACAUCAGUUUUCAAUGGUGCCAUUUUCGAAGGAUCGCCACAUCCGCCAUCUGUGAUUCUGAAGCUGAUCUAUCACUGGAGUUGUCAGACUAACGUUUCUAACGUUGUAAAUUGGGUUAAGGUUGAUAAUCUGUACGUGAAAGGAAUGUACACUUGGCUGCGAUCCGUUUGUACCGUGGCAUUGAGUACUCACAUGAAGUUAAUGGGUGGCUCCGGAAAGAAGAUUGAGGUUGGCGUUAUCUCGCUGGGAACUACUACACAGGACGGACAGCAACGUCAAGUGAAGGUUGAAGUGUUGGGCGUUUUAGAUCCGGAGGCCAAACUUGUCCGACUACGUGCUGUAGAACCACUGAGUGAUGGAGAACGAAAUUAUAAGAAGCGGUUUUCGAAAAUUCUUGAGCCUUUAACUGGAUGGGUACAUCGGGACAGUAUAAUUUUAACAGAUCUUACCGUUGACAAAGGCACACUCAACAACAUGGGUUAUAAAUCAGUACAACAAGUUGCUCCAUCCGAAGCUAACAAUAAGAAUAGCAAUGCCAACAUCAUGGACUAUUUGCGGCGGAUCGUUCCCAGGAUGUUCCAGAACACCCUUUCGCUGUUGUCGCGUCAGAUCAUUCAACAGUUUUUGAACGAACUGGUUUGGCGAGAGUCAUUUGGAAAUUCUCCGGGGCAGGCUUUCGAUAACAUUGUGCAGCACAUUGCGGAGCAGACACGGCUCGAAACCAAGGACAACAUGGUGACCCGUUUGAAUAAGGCUGCUGCUGACCCUUUCAAACAUUGGAUUUAUGCCACGGAAACGUUUACCGCACCCAAACCGACUGGUGCAAAACGGGGACGGAAGCCGAAGGAACAAUCUCCCCCACCGAUUCCGGAAGCCCCAAAAAAGAUUUUGUUGAAAAAAUUAAAGAAAGAGGAGGAGAGCUCUGCAAAAGCUUCACCUCCUGUACCGGCAAAAAAGGUUCGUGUAGCACCGGAAGACAAGAUAGAACUGGUUCCACUGGAAUCAUACUAUUAUGGCCAGACGGAUCCGGUGCCGUCUGCAGUUAAGGAAGGGGCCGAACCGACGGAUUUUAAUGUCACCUGUCCUGAGUGCCCGACAACCUUCCGGAACAACGUAGAUUUUCAAGACCAUCUCUUCCGUCACGCCAAUCCGGUUCCGGACGGUCAAGUACAGUGUCGCUACUGUUUGGAAAAUUGGGCCAACGAGGAAGCUCUUAAGCGCCACACCGUAUUGAUUCAUUCGCUGGAAACGAAGAAUUCGGUUGCUUCCACCUACAACUGCUUGAUUUGCGAGCAACGUUUCGGAAACACCCAUAUGCUGGCAGUUCACAUGCAAAAGUUGCACGUUCAGCUGGAACUGCCUUACAAAUGUGCUGGUUGCGACUACAAAUCAUCGUCUCACCAUUUAACUGUAGACCAUUUCUACAAAAAGCACAACCAAUCCGGUUUGAUCCAGUGCCCGUUCUGCUUGAAGAUGGCUUUAGUUUGCAACGGGGAUGGACCGAUCGCCGAAAAUGUGAGCGACUUUAUGAAGCACAUGAAGGCUCAUUUCAAUAAGGCGAUUGCUAAGAAAUGUGCCAAAUGUGCGCUGACCUUUAUUUCCCGUGGUCCAAUGAAGAUGCAUGGCUUGUUCGAACACGUGAUCACCAAGCUGGAAAGCGGUGUCAAGUCUAUUACUAAAACAUUGACCAAUAUUCCGAAGCCAAAGCAUAAGCCAGUUGUUCAAAAGGAACUAACGACAUUCAAAACGUUGGAAUCCUACGGUAACCUAGUUCUCAAUAUGUCAUGCGGCAAAAUAUGUCUCGAAUGCGACAGCGACUUUGAUGAAGAUAAUCAUAUUAUUGGCUUAUUGAAAUGCCUCAAAUGCACUUAUAAAACGGCCUGCCUGACAUCGAUGAUUGGUCAUACCACAUCAUGCAAUCCGAAUUCGAUUGCCGACUAUUCCGUGUCGCAAUUGGAUGUGGAAAUGCAUUGCAUUUGUGGAUUUUCUUCUUCGGAUGGAAACGCUCUGGCCCGUCAUUUGGUAACUUGCGAUCGGAAGAGUGUCUACCCAACGGUCGAAGCUUGCCAGGAAAAUACUGUCAAGCGAAACAUGCUCGAUAUGCUAGGAUUGGUUCGCCGUGACGAUGAAACCGAUGAAGCAGUUACCGAAAACCAAUCUUCAGGGCAGGACAAUCAGCCGGAAGUCCAAACAGAACAACAAUCGGUUCCGGGAGAAGGAACCGAUCAACAACAGCACAAUGCAGGGUACUCUGGUGAUGCCGGAACUUCCGUUGCUUAUGACCCAUCGCAAUCGUUGUACAAUAUUGCUGGAACUGGCAACGAACAGUUCAAUACUCAGCUAUCGCUGGAUGACUUGGGACCACCGUCGGUUUUGGCCCAACAGGAGAACGACAGAACUCCACAGCUUAAGGAUGAUUAUCAAUCUUUGGCCACUCCACGUGUUCCUCACAUGGAUGCUGAUCAAGGAGAUUAUGACUAAAGGAACGCGUGGCGAUAAAUUGUGGUUCGUAAGGUAAGCGAAUUCUUUACAUUGACUUCCGAUUGUAAAUUAUCCAUUAUAUCUCAUGGCAUGAACAACAAAGGGAUAAGCGGUCUUUCUAUUGUCAAUAUUCUCAGCUUUUCUGCGGAAAUCUUAUCAAUAAGACAAAUUAUUGAAACUAAACCUACAAGAUUUAAAAAAUAUACCCAAUCUUUAUAAAUGAAUAUUUUAUUUUCAUGAACCAUAUUUUUCGUUAUAUUGAAGGCGCGUAAGAUGAUUAAAUAUAAACAUUUCUCUUAA